AUGGAGAGCUGCCGGGCGCUGGCGCUCUGCGCCGUGGCGGCCGCGCUGCUGAUGGGCGCCCGCGGGCAGGGGCCGAGCCCCCCGCGCCGACCCCGCGACUUGGGACUCACCGGCGGCGGCGGCGCGUCCCGAGAGAAGGAACUGAUCGAGGCGCUGCAAGAGGUGCUGGAGAAGCUGAAGAGCAAGAGGGUCCCGCACUACGAGAAGAAGUUCGGGCAGGUGCCCAUGUGCGACGCCGGGGAACAAUGCGCCGUGAGGAAAGGAGCCCGCAUUGGGAAGCUCUGCGACUGCCCCCGGGGGACUUCGUGCAAUUCCUUCCUCCUCAAGUGCCUGUAAGCGGGGGACGCCUCGGGAGAAGCCGCCGGGAGCGAAGGGCACCGACGUUUGCCGCUCCAGCCCCGACGGGACAGCCCCGGGACAGCCCCCGCCUCGCCCAUGUAAUGCCGUCCGUGACAUCCGACAUCCGUGGAGCUGUUUUCUUUCUCUCCUUCCUCCCUCACUCCCCUUCCUCUCCCUCCCCUCCUUUCUUCCCCGUUUAGAUUUUUGUCCGUCCAGGGAAAAGCCCAGCCCGUGCCUUGGCGAGCAGAGGUGCCGGUACCGGGA